CUGCAACAUAUAUGAAACUUUGUUUUUCAUUAUUGAAUUGUAGCCGUCAUCGUGGCAUGGAAGAUGUUCACAAGCCCACAUCAAAAGUUUCUCGACACACUGAUCAAAGCCUUUGCUUAUGCCAAAUGUGGUGCAAUUGCAGAUUGACAGAUCGUCAGAACAACGUAUUUCACGCUUGUGAUCUUUCGUGAGUGGAAUCCGUCUGGCAAAAAUGGUGAAGGCUGGCAGGUCGAGGCCUCCCCACAGCCCUGCCAAAGUUGUGGAAAAGCCUGAAAACCGUCUUAAACGAAACACUCCCUUUGUCAGCAAUGUAAGGUUUCGCACCAGCCUGCCGGAGGUGCCGUGCGACCCCAAGAUGCUGGUUGCAGUGCUUCAGCCGGACAAGCUGUCACAGUUCAAUAUCACCACCCUGGAGCAGGAAAUGCGGCAGGACCUCAUCCUGGAGAGCGGUGUGGGCAUCCCGCUGAGUUUGCUGGAUACGCAGCGCUAUGCUGUCCCAGACAUCGCCCAACCAUUGGCUCCAGAGGAUGCUGCAUUAGUCAUGGGCCCGACAACAGAAGAGGGACCGGGGGCUACAAAGAGAAGGGAGAGAUUGCGUGGCGAGGGAACGGAACUGUCUUGGCUCAUGCGGACCACCUACAUUGCCAAUGACAUGGAGGAGCGCAGGCAGCAGAGGAGUGCAGAGAAAUCCGGAGUGGCGGCCACUGAAGACGAAGCCAUCGAUCGCGAUGCGCAGAUUGCUGCGAUUGAGGCAACCUUUGAGGAAGCAAGGGCCCCCCCAACACACAUCCGAGAUCCCAGCCUGACUCCUGUGGAGAUCAUGCCCGUCCUCCCUGACCUUGACAGAUUGGGGAACAUAUACGUGCGCAUGGCGUUUGAUGGAGAGCCAACAGCUGAUCAUGACAGGCUCGCAAGCCUCCCACCAGACAGCGUGAAGCGAUUAGCCGAACACGCGAUCAUGAAGUCCUUCACUCUGAACAGUGACCAGCACGGGAAGGAGCAGAGAUUUGUGGCAUACCUGCUGCCUGAAGAGGAUCCUGUUCAGCGCAAUGCUGAUGAGCCAUCCUCGAGCCGGGAUGAUGCUGAGGAUCAUAUCUCCUAUGAGUGGAUCAGGGAAUACAACUACAAGGUUCACAAUGAUGAGGACCAUAGCACCUUUUGGUUCUAUUUCGACAAGGGCCGUGUGACCUUCACAGACCUUGACACAAAGCUGUCUCUGUUCAAACGUGGCAAGCAGGCCACAACACAAGCCUUUCAGCGACCAUCAGGGGUCACAUUGAAGAGACGGAAGGAGAGGAGUUCUGAAGAAGAUGAGACAGCAAGACAAAGGAUGCAAAAAUUGACUGCAGACGAUGUUCAGGAAGAUUGAUGUUGUCUUCUGAAGACAUGUCGAGCUCAUGUGCAAGUUGCAGCCACACUUCAUGCAUAAGAUUCAUCCAUACGGAUCUUGAUCAAUACACUGGUUGGUUGAUCAUUUUUUGCUUUCAUGAGAGGGCUUACGACUGCAUGCGUCUGACUUCAUGCAAGUUUUUCUGUUGUCUUUAAUAGCUUUCAAACU